AUGGAAUCGAAAAACCCUCAAACUGAAGCCAAUGUGAACUUCUUCUUGGCUUUGUUUAAAAAGCUCAGUGAGGAGGAUAAGACUAGCAAUAUUUUCUUCUCCCCCUUCAGCAUCUCCUCAGCCCUGGCCAUGGUGAUGCUGGGGGCCAGGGGUAACACAGCCACACAAAUGUCACAGGCCCUCUGCUUCACAACGGCAAAGCAACCGACGGAGGAAAAACCAAAACCGGUGAUGACGCAGUCUCCAUUGCAAAUGAAAUUGCAAAUGAAGCCUCGAGAGGAGACGAGGCCGCAGCUAAAACAGACUUGUAUGCUGCCACAGUAUCUGAAACAGGUGCUGAAACGUGUCGACGGUGAGGAUGACGUCCACGCUGAUUUUCAAAAACUGUUGAUCGAAUUCAAUAAGACAAAUACUGGAUAUGCCCUUAGUAUUGCCAACAGGUUAUAUGGGGAGCAAACCUACACGUUUGUAAAGGAUUUCCUUGCAGACACCAGGAAGUACUACCAAGCUGAACUGGAGUCUGUGGAUUUUAAGAAAAAUGCAGAGAUGGCAAGGAUUAACAUUAACAGCUGGGUAGAAGAGAAAACACAAGGUAAAAUCAAGAACCUAAUCAAGAACAAACUGAUAGAGGAAACCAAACUGGUGCUGGUCAAUGCCAUCUAUUUCAAAGGCAAAUGGAAGCAAGAGUUCGACAAAGGCUUAACUGUUGAAGCUCCAUUUAGAAUGAAUAAGAAUGACACUAAGCAAGUGAAAAUGAUGCACCAAAAGGGUGAAUUCAAUUUAUUCUCCAUUCCUGAGGUAAACAUUCAGAUCCUAGAGAUGCCUUAUGACGGAAACGAUUUGAGCAUGCUUAUUUUCCUUCCCAAUGAAAUUGAGGAUAACACAACUGGCUUGGAGAAGUUGCAGCGGGAACUCACCUAUAUGAAAAUUAAGGAGUGGACUUCUUCAGACAAGAAGCUUUAUGAGGUCCAAGUGAGCCUGCCUCAAUUCAAGAUGGAAGUGGCGUAUGACUUGGAGAAUGUACUGAUCAGCAUGGGCAUGGUGGAUGCGUUUGACGGUGAAAAGAGUGACUUUUCUGGCAUGUCGGCACAAAAUGACUUGGCAUUGUCAAAAGUCAUCCACAAGGCUUUUGUGGAGGUAAAUGAAGAAGGAACAGAGGCUGCUGGAGCCACCGCUGCCAUUGUUGUAAGAAUUACCUCAGUACGUGAACCUGAAGACCCCAAAAUCUUCAUCGCUGACCACCCCUUCUUCUUCUUUAUCCGAUACAAUCCCUCCAACACGAUCCUGUUUGCUGGUCAAUACACCUCACCUGAGUGA